CCGCGUGCGGGCGGAAGAAGCGAGAGCCGGGAGGGCAGGGGCUGUCGCCGGCGGUGCAGCAAAGGGCGCUGGGCGCGCCCGCGGCGCUUCGGGCAGUGCUGACUAUGGCUUCGCCCCUGGCGCCCAGACGGGACCGUGCGGGCCGGGAGAAUAAGGACCGCUGGGAGGCGCGGGGGGACCGCAAGGCCCGGAAGCCACUGGUGGAGAAGAAGCGGCGCGCGCGGAUCAACGAGAGCCUGCGGGAGCUGCGGCAGCUGCUGGCCGGCCCGGAGGUGCAGGCCAAGCUGGAGAACGCCGAGGUGCUGGAGCUGACGGUGCGGCGCGUGCAGGGAGUGCUGCGGGGCAGGGCUCGCGGGCUGGAGCAGCUGCAGGCAGAAGCCAGCGAGCGUUUCGCUGCCGGCUACAUCCAGUGCAUGCAUGAGGUGCACACGUUCGUAUCCACGUGCCAGGCCAUCGACGCCACCGUCGCCGCCCAGCUCCUGAACCACCUGCUUGAGUCCAUGCCACUGCGCGAGGGCAGCAGCUUCCGGGAUUUGCUCGGGGACGCUCUGGCCGGCUCCCCGGGAGACACUAGGCGAAGCAGCUGGCUCACAGGAGGGGCCCUGGUGUCCCCGAUACCCAGCCCCCCAGCCCCCAGCCCUCCAGCCCCCGGGGACGACCUGUGCUCUGACCUAGAGGAGGCCCCCGAGGCUGAACUGAGCCGAGCAUCUGCUGAGGGCCUGGACUUGGUGCCCGUGGCCUUGGGCGGCCUGACCUCUGCGGGCAUAGUCCAGAGCAUCUGGAGGCCUUGGUGACCAUCACCAGCCUGCCAGUCCUGAGCCUGCAAAGGUGAGCGCAGCCUUCCCACCUCUAGUUCCUCCUCCCUGGAGUCCAGAUGCGGUGGGGCAGGGUCCUGAUGCUGCCCACAUCUGUUCUUUUUAGUGGAUGGCUUGUGGGGAAGUUCUGGAUGACCAGCCCAGUCAGGCUCCUAGCCCUUUCCUUAAGAGAGUAACUUUUAUGGACCCCACAGUCCUAUUCCCGGCUCCACCCCCACCUCAAGGAGGGAGCUAACUGCAGAGCUACCACCAGGGCUCCCUCUCCCUGGCUUUUGCCUGUCCAGCCUUCUUAGGAACUGCGUGGACCUUGGGGCAGGGGUGACCGGAGUGGUGCUGAGCUUCUCCUCAGUGCAGGGCACUAGUGUUGGGGCAGAAGGAGUCCUCAGGCCCUGACCUGAGCAGAAACUUGAACUUGCCACUUGAGUCAGGGCACAGGGGAGGCAGGUGCAGAAAUGCCCUUAGCUGUCAGAGAAGCAAGUUUUUCUGUAUGUCUUGCACUUAGCAGACUUGAGUUUGUAAAUUAGGUUGUUAUAGAACAUUUCAAUUUACUAAAUAAAUGAUUUUGGAGAGUUA